AUGGCUGAAAAAGAUCAUACUGGAAUUCAUAUUGAGAAUGGCGCUGAGAAACGAGCAAUAACUCCAUGCCACGCUGACCUCGAUGAGAAACAUGACUAUCAUACGGCCGAGGCUGGACUUUCAGAAGAUCAGCUCCUGGCCAGCGUAGACCCCCAUGAAGAGAGGAAAAUCAUUCGCAAGAUCGAUUAUCGCCUGCUUCCUCUCCUGGCAGUAUUGUACCUCCUUGCUUAUAUCGAUCGAAGCAACAUCGGCAAUGCCAAAAUAGCCGGAAUGCAGGAAGAUCUAAAGCUGGGUACAGGCUUGAAGUACAACACAGCCUUGACCGUCUUCUUUGUCCCGUAUUCACUCCUCGAGGUUCCUAGCAACAUCAUGCUCAAAAUCAUGCGACCUUCAAUCUGGAUGGCGAUCCUCUGCUUCUCCUGGGGCUUGGUUAUGACAUUGAUGGGCCUUGUCAAUACCUACCAUGGACUCAUUGUUGCUCGAUUCUUCCUCGGUGUCGCAGAAGCCGGCCUUUUCCCUGCAGCGACAUAUCUCUUGACAAUUUGGUACAAACGGUAUGAGCUUCAAAAACGGAUGGCAGUCUUUUACGCCGCUGCAUCUCUUUCCGGUGCCUUCUCCGGUCUCCUGGCAUUUGCGAUCGAAAAAAUGGAUGGCAUUUCGGGCCUCGCCGGCUGGAAGUGGAUUUUCAUCCUUGAGGGCCUUCUCCCAAUCGCAGUUUCAUUCUCACUGUACUUUCUGCUUCCCGACAGACCAGAGACCGCAAGGUUCUUGACAGAGCGCGAGCGCGAGUUCGUCAUCAACCGCGUCGCACUUCAGAGCGGAACCAGAGAGGGCCGCGUUACCAACACGGACAAGAUCGGAUGGCGCCACAUCAAAGUUGCCUUUAGCGACUGGAAGAUCUGGGUUGCAGUCAUACCCUUCGGUGCUUGUGGCCUCGGCACGUACGGUUUCACCGCCACCGUUCCCACUGUCGUCCAGGCUUUGGGUUACACUUCUGCCAAUGCCCAGCUUAUGACGAUUCCGAUCUACGUCUUUGGGAUGAUUGCCACCGUCGGCGCGGCGUUUUGGUCUGACUAUGCACAGCAGCGCACUCCUUUUAUCAUGGGCGGGUUCGCAGUUGGUACCAUCGGAUUUAUCGGUCAACUGGCAAUUCCUCACCCCGAGCUUCCUGGUGUGACAUACUUCUUUCUCUUCCUCAUCGCUGCCGGCCUCUUCUGUCCUGUUACCACCGUUGUCACCUUGGUGGGGAACAACCUCGCACCAUCAUCUACCAGGGCUGUCGGUAUGGCCCUUUUCAUCAGUGUCGGCAACCUAGGUGGAAUUUGUGGCUCAAAUGUGUACCUGGCCCGACAGGCGCCUCGGUACUUCACAGGGUUUGGGGUUGGGUUGGGGGCAUGCCUUGCAGGAAUUCUCGCCGCGUACAUUCUGCGCGUUGGCUAUUCGAGGGAGAACCGGCGGAGAGAUGAAUUGCUGGCCAGAGAAGGGGAGGAUGUCAUCAGGGCUAGGUAUACUGAGCAAGAAUUAUUGGACUUGGGUCAUAGGAGUCCCUUUUAUAGGUAUACUUUGUGA